AUGUCUCGGUUCGCUGGGACUACCCCGUUGGGUCCGCCGAAGCGACCGCGCUGGUCCCACCUGCACCAGUCCAGCCCGGUGAGCUUUGAUGGCCGUUCAACCGACUCGCCAAGCUCUCCAGGUAGCACCUCGACUCACUCUACGAUACGCGAAGACAAGCGCCGCAAGUCGGAGCGAUACUGCUCCGUACUGGUCAACGACGGCUACUCCAAGGACGAGGCGCUUCUCAACUUGGACCUUUUCGCCGGCCAUGUCCGUCCCGGCAUGCUCAUGGCCCUGGUGCCUCUAAAGGGCGAUUCCAAAAACGCGGCCGGCGGCUACGGAAGUCUUCACAAACAGACACAUGAGCACGCCGACACUUCAAGGUCCGUGUCUGGCGCAUUCGGCGACCAUGAUUCCGACGUCGGCCACACCUUCAUCUUCGUGGCCAAGGACAUGACCAAGGAAAUGAAGAACCGAUACCCCGACAUUGAAGUGCAUCUCGCGAGGCACAUUGCCGAUGCGUUUGGGUUUAAGAAGAGGUCUCAUGUGCUUCUGCGGCCGGUCGACAAGGACCACCCCGCCGUUGAGGCAACACAUGUCGAGAUAUCCUUCAAGGAUCAGUACCUCUCGCGGGCCGAUAUGUGGAGGCUGGCCGUUGGAGAACUGACCCAGCGGACAGUGUACAAAGGCCAGUCCAUUUUUUCCCUCGGCACCAUCAAAGCCCAGGUCACCGCGGUCUACGUCAAUGGGCAGACCAUGCACUCGGCCUUCUUUGCCAGAGACACCCGGCCGAUAUUCCGGAGCGAAUCCGCAAAGUACAUCCUCUUCAUCCAAAUGGCGCGAGAAAUGUGGGACUUUGACUCCGAAACCUCGGGGGAGAUCAUGUUCAACAAAGUCGUCAACGGGUUCCUGCCAGCCCUGUUCAAGCGCUGGGAAAUGCUAAAGGUCAAGCACCUCGUGAGCAUAGUUCUCUUCGCCCGCGUGGAAUACGACACCGGCAUCAGCGCAGACCUCGCCUACAGCUCUCUGCUGCACGGUUACUACACCGGGAUCCAACCUUCGGGAGUCCGGCGGCCGUACAAGGACUUUUACAGGGUCGUGGUCAGCGAGAUGUCGAGCGGUGAGUGGACACGGAUUCUCCACCAGCUGAAGAAGGAGUUCAACUUCUUCCGGCGGGACAUUAGCCUGCACCAUCAGUCCGUCGCUGCUUUCGCUCAGAUGGCGAGCGAGGAUGAUGACGGUGGGAAAGACGGGGUGCCCAGCCCCGUCAAAGCUGAAUCGUCCUUGGCUCUGCAUGGCAACGUUUUGGAAGCCAUAAACUUGGCGGCCUCCCAGUUCGCGCACGACUACAUCGACCGAGACUUGGCUCGGACGGGAAUAUCUAUCGUCGUCAUCACUCCAGGUCCCGGCGUUUUCGAGGUGGACUACGGGACACUGCAGCGGACCACCGAGGCGCUAGUCGGGAAUGGCAUCGGCAUAGAUCUGAUUUGCAUGGGAGCCAUGCCGCUGCAUUCUGCGCCCCUGUUCAAGUACCGGAACCCCCAGUACUCGGAAGACGGUCGGGGAGGGCAGGGGACGGCUCUGCUGUCCAGGUCAUUCCACAGUCGUGAUAGCACCCCGAAUCAACCCACUCCCGUCAUUGGGAGCUACCAGUCACUGUCUGGCUCGUUCUCGCCGACAAAGGCCUUCAACCUGGCAGGUAGGAUCGAGACCCUGGCCUUGAUGGGAGCCAGCGAGCAGUACUGCUACGCCCUGCCUCAGUGGUUACACGUCUCGUUCUGGACCGGCGCAUCGGAAGAAUCUCUGUCUUAUGCCGGCAUUGCGCUGACCGUAUCGAACCGGGUGGAGCAGGAGGAUGCAUCCCGGUUCAAGGUGAGGUGUAGAAUGUAUGACUUGCAGAUGCGAAGUGUUUUGGACGCCAACGAAAUUGAAACCGCUCCGCUGCAAACCGACCCGAACUAUCCUGCGCAGCAGGUGCAGGCCAAUGCCAUGAUAAAACGGCGUGCGGAGCGGCUGGGCGAGGUGGUGUAUAUGCCGCCCAAGCAUCCUCCGGAGGCUUUGUUCGACCCUGUCUACGGCUUCCAGAAGUUUGUUCCCGACAGGUUCUCUCGGAUGGCAGAUAAAUCCCUCUGGAAGAACCUACGAGAGUACGACGACGCAAAGGCUAAGCUGACAAGAAAUCGCCACCAGCACCAGCACCAGCACCAGCACCAGCACCAGCACCAGCACCAUCACCAUCACCAUCACCACCACCCAGCAUCAAAACACAAGACAGAACCUGAUGAUUCAGGUCGGAGACAGCAAACAAAAGACGACGCCGGUCCGUUUGGGACGUCCCUGCCAGAACGGAGAGCCGCCGCUCAUACGCAGUCGUCCCGGAAGGCGUCGCUUGCGGCCGCAGAUGUCGAAAGGCCGGUUCUGCCGACUGCUCGACAGCCUGGGCCCGAACCUCCGUGUGGCACCGGCAAGAAAGCACCCUCGAUCCGACCGCCAAAGUUCAUGCGCCAGUUCAGUCUCGGGAAUCGUGGCUUCGGGAUCGCAGCGCCCAAGGUAGCCGCCGCCGAGGUUAGGGUCGAGACUGUGAGUGCUGCUGCUGUCCUGUCAUCGAACAGCUUGCGGCCGCCAUCCAAUCCUCGCUCACUGGCAGAAGUCAGGCCGUCAACCCCGCAAACCAUCAGGAACCGCGCAUCAUCCGUCGCUGGGCCGAUGCAGAGGUCGGAGACGAGCGAUCCUGGCGCCCGGGCAAUGCCCGCAACGCCAAGCAUCCCUAUUUCCAGGGAUGCCUUUAGCAGGCCAAGCACCGCAGCCAGUCAGUUUCAGGCGGAGCUGCCGCCAAUCGUACCUGCAGGCCGAGGUAUCCGCCGGGAGAAACGUCACGAGGACAGCGACGUGCAUUUCUCCAACGCCCUGCGAGCCGAGGACGCCCAGAAGGUGUACACGAGCAAGCUGAGGGCAGGCGUCGUCCCGGAAUUGCCGUCCACCCUGUCUCCCACGAGGGCCAUCAACCCUUGGUUGACGCUCCUCAAUCCUUCCCACCCCGAGAGCUACAGGAUAGACGACACUGUCUUGUACAGCCGGUGGCAGCAUGUUUUCCCUCGGACCUCGGACAUGAAGGUGCAGAAAUGGAAGACGCUGUGCUGCCCUGCCGCUGUGCCACUGACGACGGAGUACUUCCCCUCCAAGGCUCAGUUCGACGCAGAGUAUCAGCGGCAUCCGUACAACAUCGACCAGAACAUGGACGACGACGUGGUCGAUGAACCAAAGUCUCGCAAGGAGUUUAUGAAGGAGCUGAUUAGCAUGCGGUUCUCCCAGGGCUUCCAAGCCAUUGUAGGCCCUCUGGUGGCCAGGGCGUUUGGCCAAAAGGUCGUCAAGAUUGCCGACAUCUUUUCUCGCGACCAACCGCUGGACGACGGCACAAGCGUCUUCAUGUCCGUCGGAAACACGAUCCAUCAGCUGUCGUGCGUAAACGGCACCGAGGUUGAGGUCAACAUUUACCUGCGGAAACCCACCGACUCCACGGUCGAGUCCGACAGCUUCCAUCCAACCUACCGGCCGGCGAUCAGGACAAAUCUGGAUUCGGAAUACGAGACCCGCUCGAUUGACAUUAUGACCCCGAAACCGGAGAGGAGCUGGAACACGAUUGACUCGUACCUCGCAGGCCACUACGACGAGAUGAUGGACAGUCUGCGGUUCUGGCGGGCGAGAUUCGUGCUGAUCCCGCUCAGCCCCCGGCACCCGUCGAUUCCCCGGAUCCACACGGGCGACAACGCGGAAGAACUUCGCAUCGAGGGCAUCAAGAAGCUUGCUCAGCUCUGGCAGCGCAACCGAUACGCCCCGCCUUCGGAACGGCGGUUCCAAGCCUCUGCCAAGCGACGGUCUCUGCUGGACAUUGUGUACAAGACGGAAGACGCAUCGGUUGUGAUUGCCGCCGAGCUCGAGACCCUGCCGAUACUGGAGAGCAUGGACGCCACGCACCGCAAGGGGCAGCUCGUCACCAGGAAGGAGCGAUUCCACAAGGCGAAUCUCAACCUGGCAGCGCUUGCGGAAGCCAUCCAACAGCCGGUGGAGAGCGGCGGGGCGCCGGUUCGAAACCGCCGGUGGCAUCUUAGGCUGCACAGCGCCUGCUUCAUCGGGUCGGAAAUGACCACCUGGCUCCUGGACAAUUUCGAAGACCUGGAGAGCCGGGAAGAAGCGGAAGAGCUGGGCAACAUGCUGAUGGUACCCAGCGACGCAAGGGACAAGGAAGCGGCCGAGACCAAGCCAGCCGACAAGGAAAGGGGGCUGUUUAUGCACGUGGAGAGACGCCACAACUUCCGCGACGGCAACUACUUUUACCAGAUUGCGCCAGAGUACGCAAAACCACGGCCGGGGUGGUUCGGAGGCGGAGGCGGAGGCGGAGGCGGAGGCGGAGGCGGAGGCGGAGGCGGCCGGCGCGACGUCUCGUCACCCGCUCCCGCGCUGUCCGACGGCGGCGGCGGCGGCGGCAGCGACUCCCCACGGCCCAGCGUCGUCGGGGCUUCCCGGCCGCCGCCGCUGGCAGCCGCAGCGGGCGACGGCAAGUCUCCGGCCUCGUUUGGCCCCGCCUCGAGCUCCAGCCAGCAGGCGGGGGUGUUCACGUUCAAGAACCGGCCCCGCGUGGCGCUCAGCAAGAUGAUGCGGUACGACGUCGACCCGCGCAAGAGGUCGUACCGCCCGGAGCGCAUCGACCUGCACUACGACCGGCUGCACAACCCGGACAGCUGCUACCACAUCCGCAUCGGCUGGAUGAGCGCGACGUCCAAGCUGGUCGAGGACGCCGUCGAAAGCUGGGAGCGCGAGGCCAGCCAGUACGGCCUGCGGCUCGUCCAGGUCCCCAUCCGCGAGGCGUGCCGCAUCACCGAGACCAACCCGUUCCGCAAGCCGUACCCCAUCCGGCUGGCCCUGCCGCCGCCGGCCGAGCGCCCCGACGCCUACUACGACCCCAACUCCCUGGGGCCCCAGGCCGGCCCGUGCAACAACUUUUACCAGACGGCCAUCCUCAAGAGCUUCGACUUUGUGCUCGACAUGGAGGCGGCGUCCAACUUCCCCGCCGACGUGGACGUGCGCUACUCGUGGGGCAAGCCCGACUUCCUGUACACGCAGUACAUACACCGGUCCGGCGCGCUGCUUGCGCAAAUCACCGACGAGGGCAACUUUCUCGUGCUCGCCAACAGGCUCUGCAACAGGCGCAUCAGCCUGCUCCGCAACCAAGGUGUGCACCCGGAACAGCAGCAGCAGCAGCAGCAGCAACCGCCACCGCAGCCACCGCUCGCCGGGACCGGGACCGGGCGCAGCAUCUCCCAGAUGGCUUCUUCCUACGCGGCCAGCCACGGCGGCGGCGGCGGCAGCGUGCCCGGCAGCGCUCCCGAAUGCGCGGCCGCCGGAGGGCCCAUGACCUCGCCGCAGGUCCGGCCCACGUUCCACCAGUUCUCCUCCCCCGUCGCCAGACCGGCCGACGGCGGCGGCGGCGGCGGCGGCAAGCCCGGCGCCGCGACCGCCCGCUCGGGGCCGGAAGCCGUCCAGGCCGAGCUCGAGGCCUUUUGCCGCAACGAGGCCGCCCUCGCGGCCUUUUACAAGGAGAUGCUGGACAAGGGCAUGCAGCGACCGCACGGCACGCCGGCAUCCACCGCCACGACGCAGUCCCUCGCGGGGCUGGACCCCGUGCCCGAGGCGAGCAUCCCCUCCUUGGGCCUGCCGCCCGGGGUCCUGGGCGACCGGCAUGCCGCCGGGGGGGACGCGCACUCGGCAGCCGCCAUGGCGAGCAUACGGAUGAGCAGUCCCAUGGCGUUUCUGAGACGAGGCAGCGUGCAGUACGACGGUAUGGGAUUAGGGUCCAAGGGGAAAUGA